UGAUUUUGACUUUGUAUUUAUAUCUUCUGUUAUUUCAUUUCAACGUCAGUUUCUGCACUUCGUCUGAUACAUAUGGUUGAUUAACCAUUAAUUAAAGUGUUCACAUCACUUUAUGGAUUCAUAUUAAUUCUAUGUCAGAAUUUUUAUUCUGUGUAAUAUAAAUUAAUUUGACUGAUGUUAUUAUAACAUCUAAUUAAACUACUCUAUAAUUUUACAAAAACUAAGACAAAGAUGGCUGCAGACGAUUACAUUACUUGUCCUUAUGAUCCUAGUCAUCGUAUUCUUAAAUCUAGAAUGUCUAGGCAUUUAAUGAAAUGUGAGCUCAAUCACCCUACUAUAAAAUUAUUGACAUGUCCAUUUAAUAAAAUACAUCGAAUCAGUCCGUUACAAUAUGAGCAUCACUUAUCAAUAUGCGAAAACGUAGGAUCUGUUCAAAGGAACUACUUUGAAAAUGCUUCUUCGAUAUCAGCAGAUAUUAUUCCAGUUGCAAAAAUUAAUGAAUUAGAACUUCCUCCCUCUUCAGAAAAUUGGGAUGAGGAUCCAGAACCUCCACAAUCAUAUCUACAAAAUCUUGAUGAAAAAAAUAUAAAUUUUCCACUAGCGUCUUGUUCAAAAUUAAAAAGGAAACAAUUAAAACUAAAAGAACAAGAACGCCAGUCUGCUGUUAAUAUCACAAGCACUUCGUCUUUAAGGCCACAAAUUUCAAAGUCAACUGAUAAAAUUGAGAGAUCAUUACAAUCGCUAGAAAUAGAAAGUACUGAUACUGAAUGUAGUAAGAAAAAGGAUAAAACUAUUAAAAAGAUUUUUGCAGAAACACAUUUAUCUUCGAAGGAGGAAAGUAUAGCUACACAUACUAAAGAUACAACAAUUGUUAAACCAUCAAAAUCUAAGGAUGCUUCAAUUCCUAAACCAUCAAAGGAUGCUCCAAUUGUUGAACCGUCAACAUCGUAUGAUACAAAAAUGAAAAAUACUGGAAAAACUAAAACGCCUACAAAAAAGUCAUCAAAAUCUAAGGAUGCUUCAAUUCCUAAAUUGUCACCAUCAGAGGUUGCUCCAAUUGUUGAACCGUCAACAUCGAAUGAUACAAAAAUAAGAAAUACUGGAAUAUCUGAAACGCCUACAAAAACAACUAACGAGUUUACUCUUGACAAAUCAAGAAAUGAUAAAGAUAUUAAGAAAAAUUUCAGUAUUGGUCGUGGAGUUUCUAACGUAUGUGAAAUACACAGAAAACUUGGAAUUUCUAAAAAGAACUUUGAAUCACAAUUUAUGAAUUCACAAAGUGAUGUGAAGUCAGAAGAAAAACGUGCAGAAAUAAAUGAUUGCAAAGGUAUUUUUGUUGGGUACUCAGAAGAAGAUUUUAAUAUGGACAUGAGCAAUAUUGAAGAUGAAUUGACUGAUAUCGAUGUAUGAAUCAAAAAAUAACCUGAGUCCCCAAAACUGUGAUGAAGUUAAUUUUAUACACAGCAAGAAUAUUUUUUCAUUUUUUACAUAAAUAACGUAA